GAUUUUCAGAACCUGAUCAUGAAUAUAUCGAGAGGAUUCAACUGAAUUUGUCGCUCGGAUCUUUAAAGGGGUCAAAGCGAAACCUCUCCCCCCGGAUAUUUUUGGAAAGCUGACAUUUCAAAUCAUCGAUACAGGAAAAGAAUUGGAUACUAUUAUUAUUUACUGUUUGUUUGAGGAGAGGCAGGGAUUUGAACAUGGGAUGUUUAGGCAACAGCAAGACAGAGGAUCAACGCAUCGACGAGAAGGCGCAAAGAGAGGCGAAUAAGAAGAUCGAGAAACAGUUACAGAAAGAGAGACAGGCGUACAAAGCAACGCAUCGUCUACUCUUAUUGGGCGCUGGGGAAUCCGGGAAGAGUACUAUAGUCAAACAGAUGCGGAUCCUGCACGUCAACGGUUUUAACGCAGAAGAAAAAAAGCAAAAAAUUUUAGAUAUCCGGAAAAAUGUGAAGGAUGCAAUUGUGACAAUAAUAUCUGCAAUGAGCACCUUAACGCCUCCUGUGUCAAUCGCUAACCCGUCCAAUCAACCUAGAGCAGAGUACAUCAAAAGUAUAGCUCCACUCUCAGACUUUGACUACACAGAGGAGUUCUUUGAACAUGCAAAGCAUCUAUGGGAUGAUGAGGGUGUGAAGGCCUGUUUUGAGCGCUCGAAUGAAUAUCAGCUCAUAGACUGUGCACAAUACUUUCUGGAAAGAAUCGAGUCUGUUCGACAGAAUGACUACACUCCUACAGACCAGGAUUUACUGAGAUGUCGUGUAUUAACUUCAGGGAUUUUUGAAACUCGAUUUCAAGUGGACAAAGUAAAUUUUCAUAUGUUUGAUGUGGGCGGUCAGAGAGAUGAGAGGAGAAAAUGGAUUCAGUGCUUUAAUGAUGUGACUGCCAUCAUCUUCGUAGCAGCCAGUAGCAGUUAUAACAUGGUCAUAAGGGAAGACAACAGCACCAACCGGCUGCGCGAGUCUCUUGAUCUCUUCCGCAGCAUCUGGACUAACAGGUUUUUAAGGACCAUUUCAGUAAUCUUGUUCCUCAACAAGCAGGACAUGCUCGCCGAAAAGAUCCUGGCAGGAAAAUCUAAACUUGAAGAUUAUUUUCCAGAGUACGCUCGCUACACACUUCCCCCUGAAGCGACCCCUGACCCAGGAGAAGAUCCGAAAGUGUCCAGGGCAAAGUUUUUUAUCCGAGAUGAAUUCUUGAAAAUCAGCACAGCGAGUGGCACAGACAAGCACUACUGCUAUCCUCACUUCACCUGCGCUGUGGACACUGAAAACAUUCGCCGCGUAUUCAAUGACUGUCGUGACAUUAUUCAGAGGAUGCACCUACGCCAGUAUGAACUGCUGUGACUGGCCAAAACCAACGCUUUUCCAGUCGUACAUCACACGGGCUCUUUGAAAACUACUGAAGAGUGACUUUGUCUUGUUUUUCCCCCCUUUUUUCACUUAUUCGCUUUUUAUUUAUUUAUUUAGUCCACAUGUAGUCUUUAUCCGAGGAGGGGAAUGAAUGUGUGUAUAAGAAGAAACAUGUUGUUUUAUGUUCGUAUAACAUCCAGGUUGUUCAUUCUUUUCAAAUGUAUUUUGUUGUUUUUCAGCAAUGCCUGGCUUUAGAUUAGAUGUAUUAGAUCUGAUUAGACCGGCUGACAUAGCGUAAACCUCUGGUAACCUCUGACUUGUGCCAGUGUGGUCUAAUCGUUGACUUUUUUCCCCUUCGUCGAAUGAAGGGGAUGUUAGAGUACUUGACAAAGAGGGUUUAAUUAAAGGUUUAAUGAAG